AUGCCUCAAGAUAUGCCCCCUCGGGGCGGGUAUGAGCCCGUCCAGUACAAGCGAAACCUCCCCGCGAAGGGUUUCCGUCCUGGUAUCCUCCUCCUCGGAAUGGGCGCUGUUAUGGGCUAUGGCUGGUAUAAGCUGAUCGGCGGCAUGCGCGAGGCCAACGAACUCGGCCGUGAAAAGAUGUGGGCUCGCAUUAACCUCAUUCCCCUCCUUCAAGCCGAAGAAGACCGCGAUCAGGUCCGUCGAUACCUGGCCGACCAGAAGCGCGAGAAGGAGUUGCUUGGUGACAAUGCCAAGGUUUACAACAGCGACCGAUUCGUGAGGCCGACUUUCGCUGUUACACCCCCUCCUACUACAAACUAA